CAAACCGCUACAAAGUCAGACGCGCUCGUGCAACAGUGCAACGUGGAUACAGCUAACAAAAUGUAUAUCCUAGUUUUAUUACUUUUGAUUCUACGAGCAUGUGCCGCUCAAGUGACGACCCACGAAACCGACAUGAAUUUCCGAGUAGAGCCAGGCGAUAGAACGUGCUUCUUCGAGAAAGGGAAAGCCGGUCAGAUUCUCGAAGCUUCAUACCAAGUGAUCGACGGACAACACGGAGAUCUGGACAUAUCGUUCGAUAUCGUGGCGCCCGAUGGGCGAGUACUAGCUUCAGACUACAAGCAGCCAUACAACUCGCUUAUAAUGGAGUUGGAGCAGGACGGGGACUAUGUGUUCUGCCUGGACAAUACAUUCAGCGUGAUUAACUCAAAGUUAGUGUUUGUGUAUGUGAUGAUAGAGGAUAAAGUUGCUGAGGCAAAAGAUGAGGAAAAAGUUGUUGAGAAAGCAGCAGAGCCCGGGGUUAGUGUAGUCGAACAAGAAGAAGUGUUAGAGUGGAAGGGCACAUUGCCGAACGGGGAGGUUUACUACAUGGAGGUGGCGCAUAUUGCUGAUUCGCUCACGCGCACCCUGAAGCACGUAGUGCGCGCGCGCCAUCUGUUGGACAUCUACGGAGCGAGCAAGUCGCGCGACACCUACGCGGCGUUCGAGGAGACCUUCAUCGUGGACCUGUGGUCCGCCUUCCAGAUCACCUUCAUGUGUGCCGUCGGAACGCUUCAAGUUUACAUGAUAAAGAAACUGUUUAAUAGGCCUACUAAAAAUGUAAAUAACUUAUAUUAGGUGUGCGUGUAUUUGUAAGCAUAUUAUUUAAAAUACAGCCAGGAAAAACUUUAAUAAAAAAUAACCUUUCGAAAAUCGUUUGUCACGCCCAGAGUUGUUAAACCUAGCAUGUCUAGCAACCAAAGCAUAAACGUUACCAUUUUCUGCAUGAACAACAUUAUUAAAUGUCUGUAGGUAAUAAAUAAUUGACACUCAAUUGAGUCGUGAACGUUGAGUAAUAAAUGGUGGGUUACAUUAAUUAACUAUAAGUAUUGUAUUUGUUUAGAUCUAAUGCUUUAUUUCUUAAACAGUUAUUUUUUUAUGUUGUUCUAAAAAAAAGAUGUCCAGUGUGUAAAUUUUAUGAAAAUACCUAUCAGAUUAGAAUGGUUAAAACCUUAGGCCACACAUCA